ACAAAGAUGAGAAAUGUUACAGUCAUUAGAAGAUUAGUGUCUAUUGUUACAGCUUUUUACAUUCUUGGAUAUGUCAUGGUUUUCCUCCUUGGGAAAUCGAAAAAAAAUCUGAUGUGUCAAACAUAUCAUCAACGUCUAGUCUUGUAUCCUAUUCCGAACUUCACUGACACACAUGAAAAGGACAUGGUCUCGAGAUUUACAUGGCUAGGGAAUGGAGGUUACUCCUUGCCUAAUGGCUGCCGGUCAAAAGAGAGAGUUGCCAUACUGAUACCGUAUCGGGAUAGAGAAAAACAACUGCGUAUUUUGCUUAACAAUUUACAUCCACUACUUUAUCAGCAGGGAUUAGAGUAUAGAAUUUAUGUUAUUGAGCAGGCUGACACAAAACCUUUCAACAAGGGGAUGCUCUACAACAUUGCUUACAGUGAGGCAAAGACUGACAACUACACCUGUUUUGUUUUUCAUGACGUUGACCUGAUCCCAGAAAAUGACCAGAUUAUGUAUAAUUGCGUAAGAAGUCCGAUGCAUCUUUCAAGAGCAAUCGAUUCAUUCAACUACAGACUUCCCGAUAGAAAGUUAAUUGGUGGAGUAUCCAUGUGGAAAAAGGAAGACUUCGAAAAAGUUAAUGGAUGGUCAAAUCUAUUUGUGAACUGGGGUGGAGAAGAUGAUGAUAUGAGUUACAGAAUAAUAAUGAAUAAACUGUCCAUAUUUCGAUUCCGAAAUGAUGUUGCAAGAUACACUAUGCUUAAACACAAACGAACACCAGUUAACACAGCAAGACAUAACAUGUUGAUGGAUAGUCCAUGGCGGUUUAAGGUGGAUGGACUUUCAACCUUGACCUACAUUCCACCUACACGAGAGAACCAUCAACUUUAUACAAGGAUAUUAGUUAGGACUUGACAGUUACAACUUGCAAACAAUUUCAUGAACUCAUAUGGUGAUAAUCUUGAAAAACGAUUUAAAUGGUCUUUCUUAUGUAAAUUCUUGAUUUGCUUUGAGGUCAUUGCAGUGAAUUUUUCCAUACAUGUACUGUUUUAAAAUUAUCUGGUUGUUGGUAUAUAUAAACAUAUUGACAAAAACGUCAUCAAUGAUGUUCAUAUCUAAAUGCAGCUGUGCGAAUCUAGCUGUGCUCCCUUUUUAAGGUAAGUAAUUACAUGAUCGAUAAUGCACUUAUUAUAAAAGGUUUUGAACACUGUGUUCUUUGAUUAAAGAAAAAAGAGCAUUAAAUAAA